AGAAAGGGCUCAGGUGGAUUGAAGGUUUGUAUGUCCCAUCACCACCCUGCCCCCUCAGGCUUCAGCUCUGUCGCACUCCAAAGGUCAGCAGAAGCAAAAAUAAUUCCAAAAAAGGAAAAAAGAAAAAAGGAUCGGCAAACCUUUUUGAGAGAAGAAGAGAAGGUAAUGGCGGGCGGUUGUAGCAUUAGAGCUAUCUGGAUCCUCAGCAGCCAAGAUGCCGUCGUUUACUCCAGGAGGUUUCCGGUGGUGGAGAGGCGGUGGCGGCUGGCUUGCGACAAAGAAAGCCAGUCUGCGGGUGCCACCGAUAGUCUUAAGGUGGUCCCCUACCUUCCUACCGAUUCUGAAUUAGCAGCGGCUUUUAUUGAUCGCAAAAAGAGGGAAGGAUCUGUUCGUGGAUUUGGCAUAAGGACAAGUCACUCUGUUAAAGGAUCAGAUUCAUGGGUGGAUGAUCCUAUCACACGUCACAUAAUAAGCCUAAGUAUUGAUAAAGAAGAGCAAGGAGAGAGUCAUUUUAUAUGGCCCGUUAUUCUACAUGUAAAGGGCCCAUUUUACCUUCUUGCACUGCCUUUGGUUGAGCCCCAUCAUCUAAAGACAUAUGCAAGGAUGUGUAACCGGUCAGAUUGUGGGAAUACUAUUGGCGAAGAUGAGAAUUUAUCUUCUCUCUUGCUUGAUCUUCCAUCCAUCACAGGGGCAUUUAUGGUGGUACACACAAUUGGUGACAUUGUAACAGGAGAUAUUACAGAACCUGAAGUAGUUGCAAGUGCAUCUCCCUCUGUAGGAGGGUUGUUGGAUUCCCUGACUGGAAGCAUAGGAAUAUCAGGUAGAGCAAAACCUGUUGCAACUCCAAUUGCAGCAUCCGCCACCUCAAGCACCUCUGUUAGUGGAACUCUAGCAUCUGACGCUCCAAAAAUUGGCUCAAGGUCCCUGGACAAAGAUGCACUCCAGUCCUUUAUCAGCAGUGCAAUGCCCUUUGGUACACCAAUGGACCUCAGUUAUUCUAACAUUUCUGCUAUGAAGAUGAAUGGAUUUUCUUCUGUCGAUGUGCCUUCUGCAGAUAGCAAGCAACCGGCAUGGAAGCCUUAUCUCUAUAGGGGAAAGCAGAGGAUACUCUUUACAAUUCAUGAGACUGUUCAUGUUGCAAUGUAUGACCGAGACGAGAUUCCUGACUCCAUAACAGCAUCUGGUCAAGUCAAUUGUCGAGCAGAGUUAGAAGGAUUACCUGAUGUUUCCUUUCCCUUGACAGGUUUGGGUUCUGCUCAUGUUGAGCUAUUAUCUUUCCAUCCCUGUGCUCAAGUUCCAGAGCAUGGUGGAGAUAAGCAUGCUGUAACAUUUUCACCACCAUUAGGAAACUUUCUGUUAAUGCGUUAUCAGGUAUCUGAUGGCAUUAGACCUCCGGUAAAGGGGUUUUACCAGCUCUCAAUGGUCUCUGAAAAUGAAGGUGCCUUCUUGUUUAAGUUGCGCCUUAUGGAGGGUUAUAAAACGCCUUUAUCAUUGGAAUUCUGUACAGUGACUAUGCUUUUUCCUAGGAGAAUGGUGGUUUCCUGUGACGGGACACCUUCUAUAGGAACAGUCUUCAGUACGGAGCGCUCAGUUGAAUGGAGAAUUAUAACCAGUGGACGAGGUGUUUCUGGAAAGAGCAUUGAAGCAACAUUUUCUGGAACUUUGAAGUUUGUUCCAUGGCAGACUAAAAAACCACCAUCCUCUGGGUCAGUGUUUGGGAGUAUAGAUGAUGAAGAUAGUGAUUUUGAAACAGACUCGCCUAAUAACAUCGUAAAUGUGGAGGAUUUUCUUGCGGAGAAAAUGAGCAAGGACCUUCAGGCAGUUGAUCUGGAAGAACCAUUCUGUUGGCAGGCAUACAGUUAUGCCAAAGUGUCUUUCAAGAUGGUCGGAUCGACGUUAUCUGGCAUGUCCAUUGAUCCAAAAUCUGUUAGUAUUUUCCCUGCUGUUAAAGCACCUGUAGAGUUAUCGGCACAGGUUACAUCAGGAGAGUAUAUUCUGUGGAAUACAUUAGGAAAAUGUCCUGUUGCAGCCACACCUAAAGCCUAGAGGGUGAGAGGAAAAUUAUUGUCCAAAUCCAUCUGAUGGCCCUGGAAGCUUGCUGCAGUUCAAUUAUUUUAGGAUGUGAGAUCUCGAGCUUCUUUGAGCCAAGGGACCUUCGCAUGCUUCUGUGCGUCAAUAUAACCAUAAUUUACCUCUUGGAGAUAAAUUUAUGGACGCGUAUUGAAAUCUCUUUGUGCUUGUGUCUGUGUGUUCGCCUCGUGUACAUGUAAGCACCUCGCUCUUCUAACAUGAUUUUGUAUUAUUUGCUCUUAUUUGUAUUAAUCAGCAAGGAUUAUCUUUUCUUCUA